GUCUCGGGUUGGUUUGAAUUAGCGGCGCGGGCAGCGCGUGGAGGAGCGACAUGGACCUGACAGUCUCUCGCGUCCAGACCGCGCGCUGACAGAGCGAGCGCAGCACAAUGCUGGAAACCAAGUUUUUAUCCACGCAAUGAAUCCUGCCAACGAAACCAGAGCCGAGAGAAGUACAGAACAUUAUCUUUUUGCAGUUGGCACCUACAAACUUCUGGCUUUUACCAUCGGGACCAUUGGAGUAUUCGGCUUUUGUAAUAACGUUGUUGUCAUCAUACUGUACUGUAAAUUCAAGAGACUCCGGACGCCCACCAAUUUGUUACUGGUCAACAUAAGUUUGAGUGAUCUUCUGGUUUCUGUCAUCGGAAUAAACUUUACGUUUGCUUCGUGCGUCAAAGGCGGAUGGAUUUGGAGCCAGGCAACAUGCGUGUGGGACGGCUUCAGCAACAGCUUAUUCGGCAUUGUUUCCAUCAUGACUUUGGCUGCCCUGGCCUAUGAGCGCUACAUCCGGGUUGUCCAUGCGCAGGUCGUGGACUUCCCCUGGGCGUGGCGGGCCAUUGCCCACAUCUGGCUGUACUCCCUAGCCUGGACGGGGGCUCCUCUGCUGGGGUGGAACCGCUACACUCUGGAGAUCCAUCAGCUGGGAUGCUCGCUGGACUGGGCGUCCAAGGACCCAAAUGAUGCCUCCUUCAUCCUCUUCUUCCUCCUGGCCUGUUUCUUUGUGCCUGUAGGUGUCAUGAUCUACUGCUACGGGAACAUCCUCUAUACAGUGCAAAUGCUGCGAUCCAUCCAGGACCUCCAGACGGUUCAGAUCAUCAAAAUCUUGCGUUACGAGAAGAAGGUCGCGGUCAUGUUUCUCCUGAUGAUCUCCUGCUUCCUGGUGUGUUGGACACCCUAUGCUGUUGUGUCCAUGAUGGAGGCUUUUGGCAGGAAAAGCAUGGUCUCUCCUACGCUGGCCAUCAUCCCUUCGUUCUUUGCCAAGUCCAGCACAGCCUAUAAUCCCCUCAUCUAUGUGUUCAUGAGCAGAAAGUUCCGACGCUGUUUGCUGCAGCUGCUCUGUUCGCGGCUCUCUUGGCUGCAGCGCAGCCUCAAAGAGCGCCCCCUGGCUCCGGUUGAGCGCCCCAUCCGGCCGAUCGUGGUGUCCGGCGCUUGCGGCAGCAGGGACCGCCCCAAGAAGAGGGUGACCUUCAGCUCCUCUUCCAUCGUCUUCAUUAUCACCAGCGAUAACUUCCACCACCUGGAUGUGACUUCCAAAGCUGGAGGCUCCUCUGAGGUUAAUGUCAUUCAAGUGAGGCCACUGUGAUUCACAAGGACUGGACUUCUCACCCCACCACUCAGUAUGCCUUAGGAUGUAACAUGCAAUUCCAAGCCAAAAUAACCCCGUCUGACCUCCUUAGAUGUUUCUGCGUUUACACACAGUUACAGACUUAUUACCAGUUAAUUGUAAAUAUCCAACUGUCAGCCCAAGAUCUCAACUGAACCUAUUUCCUGACAGUGUUUUGUCCAAGCAGGUAGUAUGAAAGUGUGACAUCCUCAUCUAACAUCAGCUGUGGUGACAUAAGUACGUAAUGAUGUAGUUAUUAACAGUUAUGUCUCUCUUAGAAAAAGAAUCACACUUAUUUGUCAGAUAUGCCAUACAGUAUAUGUGACAACUGUAGGACUGUGUCGAGCACUUAGGGGCCGGCGGUGUAAUGGACCUGAGUUUGGAUCAACAUGUGAUAGCAGAUUGUUUUGGUUGGUACCCAACUGAAAAUGUGUAAAAUGGAAAAUAAGCCUUAGCUCCUUAGCCAUAAACCAUAGUACACAAACUGACAUUACUGUGUAUGGAUUCAAUAAAGAGAUCAUAUUUU